UCAUCGCCGCGCGCGGCAGCAUGGCAGCGGCGCCCGGCGUGGCGCCGGUUCGAGCCCGGUUCCUCACCUCCAAGGAGCAGUUCCACGCCUACCUGCGGGCAGGGGGCAAGGAGGAGGAGGAGGGAAAGGAGGGGAAGGAGGAAGAGGAGCAGGCCAGCGAACCCCCAGCCAAGAGGGUGAAGGCAGAGGAGCUCGGCCAGGAUGGGGAAGGCCAGGGGAAUGCUGGAGAGGAGGGGAAGGAGCGCCCGGGGAAGAAGAGAGCCCGGGGGCAGAACAAGAGCCGGCCGUGCAUGAAGCCCAGCAGCUACGAGCAGAGCAGGCUGUGCCCCUCGGUGACACAGGGCCGUGCCGGGCAGUGCCGCCUGGGCCCGCGCUGCCGCUUCCUGCACGACGUGUCCAAGUACCUGGCGGCCAAGCCAGCAGACCUGGGCCAGCGCUGCGUCCUCUUCGACACCUUCGGCCUGUGUCCCUACGGUGUCACCUGCCGCUUCGGCCGGGCCCACCUGGGGGAUGGCCACCAGAACCUGCUGGACGCCGCCGUGGCGCGGCAGUGGGAGGGCAAGGUGCUGGUGAGGAACGGCCUCUCCAAGGAGCUGCAGCAGCAGCUGCGCAAGAGGAGGUGCAGCUUCCAGAAGGCCGAGGAGUUCCUCCGUGGGCUCCGUGCUGGGAAGGGAGGCAAAGCCACGGGGGGCUCUGCGGAGGUGUCCGACUGCACUGCUCCCCAGCAGGGCCUGAGAGGCAGCCCUGAGCGGCAGGAGCAGGGAGAAGAGCCCAGACCUGAGGCCCUGCAGAGCUCCCCAGGGGCUGAGGGUGCUCCCAGACCUGAGAUCCUGCAGAGCUCUCCAGGGCCUGAGGGUGCUGCCAAACCUGAGGCUCUGCAGAGCUCCCCAAGGCCUGAGGGUGCUCCCAGACCUGAGACCCUGCAGAACUCCCAAGGAGCUGAGGGUGCUCCCAAACCUGAGACCCUGCAGAGCUCACAAGGAGCUGAGGGUGCUGCCAAACCUGAGGCUCUGCAGGGCUCCCAAAGGGCUGAGGGUGCUCCUAAACCUGAGACCCUGCAGAGCUCCCAAAGGGCUGAGGGUGCUCCCAGACCUGAGACCCUGCAGAGCUCCCAAGGAGCUGAGGGUGCUCCCUCCAUCCCGACCCUGGGCCCCCUGACAGAUGAAGACAUCACGAAGCUGCGGCCGUGUGAGAAGAAGAAGCUGGACAUCCAAGGCAAGCUCUACCUGGCUCCACUGACCACGUGUGGAAACCUCCCUUUCCGGCGGAUCUGCAAACGUUUUGGAGCGGAUGUCACCUGUGGGGAGAUGGCUGUGUGCACCAACCUGCUCCAGGGCCAGUCCUCCGAGUGGGCUCUGCUCAAGCGCCACCACACCGAGGACAUCUUCGGGGUGCAGCUGGAGGGAGCCUUUCCAGACACCAUGACCAAGUGUGCAGAGCUCCUCAACAGGACAAUCGACGUGGAUUUUGUUGACAUCAACGUCGGCUGUCCCAUCGACCUGGUCUACAAGAAGGGAGGAGGCUGUGCUCUGAUGACUCGCUGCAACAAGUUCGAGCAGAUCGUCCGCGGCAUGAACUCGGUGCUGGAUGUCCCCCUGACGGUGAAGAUCCGCACCGGGGUGCAGGAGAAGGUUAACGUGGCUCACAAAAUCAUCCCCAGGCUCCGGGAGUGGGGCGCGGCCAUGGUCACGCUGCACGGGCGCUCGCGGGAGCAGCGCUACACGCGCAGCGCUGACUGGCCCUACAUCGCCGAGUGCGCGCGCCUCGCCAGCCCCAUGCCUCUCUUUGGAAAUGGGGAUAUUUUGUCCUAUGAAGAUGCAAAUCGAGCCAUGCAGAUGGGAGUUUCUGGAAUCAUGAUUGCAAGAGGGGCACUCAUCAAACCCUGGCUUUUCACGGAAAUCAAGGAGCAGAGACACUGGGAUAUCUCCUCCAGUGAAAGGUUUGACAUCCUCAAGGACUUCACCAACUACGGCCUCGAGCACUGGGGCUCAGACACUCAGGGAGUGGAGAAGACCAGGAAAUUCCUGCUGGAGUGGCUCUCCUUCCUGUGCAGGUACAUCCCAGUUGGGUUGUUGGAACAUCUACCCCAGAAAAUCAACGAGAGGCCGCCCUAUUACCUGGGGAGGGACUACCUGGAGACCCUCAUGGCCAGCCAAAACGUGGAUGAUUGGAUCAGAAUAAGUGAGCUGCUCCUGGGCCCCGUGCCGCCCAGCUUCACCUUCCUGCCAAAACACAAGGCCAACUCCUACAGGUAGGGCUGGCCAGGCCCUGUCCCUUGGCGUCAGGAGGAGUUUGGAAGGGCUGUGAGGAGGAGCAGGGCUCCUGGCACUUGGAAUAAAGCUGAUGUUUUUAGAA